GAAGUAGAAGUAGAAGUACAUACGUCACAGGAGUACAACUUCUCAUCACUGAUAUAUAUACUCCUUUCAUGUUUUCAUUCCGCAAGUAGCGCGAUCGCGUUAUUUUUCAACCAAUUAUGGCUUAUUCGCAGGGUGCUACUUUCGGUUCAACGCAAGGUCAUAUCCAGGUCAGUCCGGAGAUUCAAAAGUGGUUUGCUACAGUCGAUCGAGAUCACAGUGGUCGGAUAACAGCUACUGAAUUAAAGAGUGCCUUAGCAAAUGGACAAGGCAGCACUUUUUCUGACACAGCCUGCAAGCUCAUGAUUGGAAUGUUCGACAAGGAAAAGAAGGGUACGAUAGAUAUUCAAGAAUUCCAAGCCUUAUUUAACUAUGUUAAUGCAUGGCUUGGCGUAUUUCGAGGUUUUGACCAUGACAACUCUGGAAGUAUUCAGGAGAGUGAGCUGUCAGCUGCUCUAACGCAAAUGGGUUAUAGAUUUAGCCCUGAGUUUAUAAAAUUUCUUAUACAGAAGAGUGAUUUCAAUAAACACCAAUCCAUCAGUAUUGAUCAGUUCAUUGUUUUAUGCGUACAAAUUCAAAGGUUUACAGAGGCAUUCAGGCAAAGAGAUGAUCAACAGAGCGGCACAAUAUCAAUUGCCUUUGAAGACUUCUUGAGUGUGGCUCUCAACUGCAGUGUUUGAGAAUUCUUAAAUCCAAUACUAAUUACAAAUAAUACUUCACAUUGCACUUCCACAUUUACCUGUAUAAUGCUCUAUGUGACUAACACGUUGCCCGAAUUCCAUCCAUCUAUCGGAUGAGAAUUUUCCAAAACCAGGCAGGUCGUUUCGCUGGAAAACAAGCUUAUUCAGUCAAAAUAGAUGUUAAUAACGCUUUGUUGAAUGAUAAAACAUCGUGAGCUGACUUUUUGGCAUUUCAAGUGAUGACAAAACUUGUUUGACGGCAGCUAUUUCAACAAACUAAUUGAAAUUUUCUGAGGUCGGGCCAUGUUUUUGAGAUUCAAGGAUUACUAAUCGGCUUUGGCUUGAGAACUACAAAGUAUUGUGUAUGGCCUACAGUACAACGUGUUCCGUAGCCAAUUAGGAAAAAGAAGAAGAGAGCUUUGUAAUAUUUUACACGCAAUAUUCAGAUAAUCAGCCAUUAAACUCUGAGAAUAGUCGGCAUAUCCGUCUAUAUCUUUAUGCUCAAUCCUAGCCCUCCAUCCUCCACGAAUUCGUUCAAAUAAGCCAUUCUGAAUUCCAUGUUUCUCCAAGUCUAAGGCGUUGGUUUUGUUUUACUCGAUUAAGCUGCAUUAAUUAUGUUUCGUAGGAAGAUUAAAUAAAUAAUCUGUAAUUUUUUAUUCCUAGUAUUAAGAUUUUAUGAUCGGAAUUGGUAUUAUCCGAAAUAGCAUCUAUGGCGACGCAAUCAUUUCCUGUGAACAGUCAUGUGCGUGAUCAUAAUAUACAUCAGUAUUAUGUGAUCGUCUUUGUAUUCGUUUGUACCUAUGAAUAAAUACACCUUCAGAAAGAA